UUCAAAAAUGUCCUUGUUUUGUACUACUUGCUGGUCAGCUUGUUGUCAAUAACAGGUUCACAGGCUUCUGUAAGGAGGCAGAAACCAGCCAAUGUUCAAAAGCAGCCCGGUCUGGCGUUACGGCGCCGUAGACAUAAAGGAUGAUGACGGUUCAUUUCGUCACGGUCUGAUCAUUGAUUUAUACGUCUGCCAUGGUUUUUUCGUUGAUUUCGACUGUCCCGGCCACCACGCUGAACUCAUCCCAUUCGACCGGUGUUUCGGUCAGAUUGAUCCCCAGCUUGCUCCACCUGGAGAUGAUGUGCAGAUUUUACGGCGGCACUCAAGUAAUGAAGCAUGGCGCUGGUAUCCGGCCAUUAAGAUCAUGGGAUCCUUCGAUACGUUCGUCGUAGUGGAGAGUAAAUGGGAUGGAAAAAUUGUUAGGGAAGUGGUCAGCUUAAAACAUGGGUGUAUUAUGCCGGCAGGCCAACGUCAUCCGUUGCAGCAGGAGCAAUACCGUAAGCACCAUUUGACACUGGGUUGGAUAAUUCAACUUCUUGUCGAGAUACCGAGUGAGCAAGAUUUUCGGUGGUGGAAUCGCGAACACGAAGAUAAAAGGAGGAUACUGGUGAAGGUUGAGAGAGGAAAACUGAUCCAUAUUUCUAGCUUCUACACUGAUUCAGGAUGGACCUUUUGGCAACUGGUGAAAAUGUUCCGCAUUAUGACUAAACGAAUAACAUAUAAAGAUUUGCGUAGCAAGAAAAAUCCUCCGGCUCGAUGCUGUAGCAGCAACCAGCGUUGGUCUUCCAAGUUUCUUCAGGCUCCCAAGUCCGCAGCACUAUACGACUGCCGAUCAUUUAUCAACACCGUUGUACCAGUAGAAGUGCUACGCCGAAUAUUUUCCUUUUUGGAAUUCCGGGAACAACUUCGCUGCCGCACAGUGUGUAAAUCCUGGCAUACUAUUUUAACAACCCCUCCCACAUGUUCCCGGAUGGAAUUCAGCCUUCAGAAAUACGAGAACGACGAACUAGCCCUGAUCGUCGAUAGAAACACCAGUCCUGCCACUGGAACAAUCGUAUUAUCGGGCGAUUCCUGCCGUUGGAACUACAUGUACCGAUAUUACACUCGUUCCACUGAGCCCAUAGCGAUGAUUAUUGGCUUAUUGAAAGCAAAACACAUUAAACUACGCACAAUUAUCAUUUCGCAUUGGUAUGCAUCGGCAGCGAAUGUCUUCGAGUUCUCUAACUCACUAUCGCUGCAGCUUCAAUCGGACUGGAGAGAUGUAUGUGAACGACUGGUUUUGGAGAAUGUGGAUGUUGGUGGAUGGAUGUCUAUAGGCAUCGAACCGGGCAGUUCCAACUGGGAAGUUUCCAACAAGCGUUAUUAUGACUCGUUCCAGUUCUCGCGUACCCCGGUGACCUUUGACAAAUGCGUCAUUAACACGCACGAAAAAGAACUGACACACUCUGUGCGCGAAUUACUAAAGACAAAUUGUCGGUCGAUGGAAGAUAUUCGGGCGCUACAAAGUCAACUGGACACACAUCCUUCACCAAAAGCACUAGCGUAUUACAGGUACUGAAGCGAUGGCAAGCCGGUGAUUCCUGUUUUACGAGGCGAUGAAUAGUCUUGUGGUAUUUGUAGCCUUGUUAUCCUUGUAAAAGCAGCGGAAAUCUGAUCUUAUUAGCGCUUCAGCGGCAGUGAUCGUUAUCAUCAAGUCAGAAUCCCAGGGUCACAAAAUUUUGUGAACGUCUCACUGGAUAGAUUUAAAUUACCGGGAUGGGAUUA